AUGUCAGCCGCCAAGUUUGUUUUACCAGUUGCUGUCAAGGAGUUACGUUUCCACUUAUCCCAAACCGGCCAAGCUUCUGUUCCAUUGAGAACUUUCUUGACCCAACACUACCCAACUUUGAAGAAGAGCAAUCCAAAUGUUCCGAUUUUGAUCCGUGAAGCUUACUCUGUUCCACCAUCUAUCACUGCCAGAUUCGAAAAGGGUGUUGAAAGCAAGCAGUCGGUCGACGGGUUGACCGCUGCCCAAGUUGAUGCUACUUUCAAGUCUUUGCUCGGGUUGUAA